GAGGGAACUAGAACAAUAUCAUCCAUUUGGUCCUAUCCAAUAAUAAGUAUAAAUUUUCUUUUGUUUUCUGAAUUCUUAGUAAUAAAAAUAUUUGUCAGGCAUAGAGAGCCCUACCCCAGUACCCAGUACUAGUAAAUAAAUAAAAAGAAGAAGAAAACCCCUUUUUCGACCAAAUAGCUUCAUCAUCGUUCUUUCUCCCUAUCUCUCUCUCUUCUUCUACUUCUUCUUUCUCAUUUUAGACACAGAUCAAGAAGAACAACUGAGUAAGAAAGAACUAAGAAGAAGAACCUUGAUGGAUCUUUCUUCCACUCUCACAUUGAGCUUCCUUCUUCUGCUCUUAGCUUCCACUGGUUGUGAUGGCUCAACAUUCACUUUCGCUAAUCGGUGCGGCUACACCGUUUGGCCUGGAAUCCUGGCCAAUGCUGGCUCUCCUACUCUCUCCACCACCGGCUUCGAGCUCCCUAAAGGCACCUCCCGCUCUCUCCAAGCCCCCACCGGCUGGUCCGGUCGCUUCUGGGCUCGAACCGGUUGCAAGUUCGACGUUUCCGGCUCCGGUACUUGCACUACCGGAGACUGCGGCUCUAACCAAGUCGAGUGCGUCGGACUCGGCGCCGCCCCGCCUGUAACCCUCGCCGAGUUCACCCUGGGCACUGGCGGAGAUGAUUUCUACGACGUGAGCCUGGUCGACGGAUACAACAUCCCGAUGAUCGUGGAAGUAGCCGGUGGAUCUGGGCAGUGCGCGUCUACCGGUUGCACAUCGGAUAUUAACACUCAGUGCCCUGCUGAGCUGCGUUUCGGCGAAGGAGACGCUUGUAAGAGCGCGUGUGAAGCGUUCCGGAGUCCUGAGUAUUGUUGCAGCGGCGCGUAUGCUACACCCUCCACUUGUAGGCCUUCCGUUUACUCGGAGAUGUUCAAAGCCGCAUGUCCUCGCUCCUACAGCUACGCAUACGACGACGCUACCAGCACUUUCACUUGCGCCGGUGGUGAUUAUACCCUCACCUUUUGCCCUUCUUCCCCUAGUCAGAAGUCGACUAGCUACCCCCCUCCGGUGUCGUCAACCUCACAAGGUUCGGAUCCUGUGCCCGGUUCGGAAACGGGUAAUGCGGGUCAGGGUCAACAGACUCAAGGGCAGGGUGAGGGGUAUGUGCUUGGGUCUCAGGGUACUGGUUCGGAGAUGGGUACGGGAGAGACUAUGUUACAGGACGGAUCAUGGAUGGCUGGUUUGGCUAUGGGAGACUCAAGCAGAUCAGCCUGCGCUUCACUGUCAUUGGCAUUGCUUCUUGCCGCGUUUACUUUCCCGUUUAUUUUCUCGUAGCAUCAUUUCAUCAUCUUCGUAGGUUUCGGUAGUUGCCUUGUGUUAGCAUUUGCCUUGUUUAGUUUUGUUGAUCCUCAAUGUUUUCCUUUUUUUUUUUUCCCUUAUUAAGACUGCAACAGUUUGGGUUUUUGCAUCGUAGCUUAAUAUGUCGUGUGUGCGUGUCCUUGUUUCAUCUGUCUUUUGAAAGAUGGUUCAUGUUCGAAAUUGUGAAAUAUGUUUUGUGAAUCAAUGGAUUUUUUUUUA